AUGCUCGUGCGACCGGCGCCGCCGGUAACCACCAUUAUGAAAACCAAUCACGUCAGGCAGAAACUCAAGGCCGGCCAGGCAACGGUGGGCUGCUUCCUGGGCAUGGGCAGCCCGAACGUCGCCGAGCAGAUGGCCCACUCCGGAUUCGACUUCAUCGUCAUCGAGAUGGAGCACAACGGCCUGGACAUGGCCGAGGUCCAGCACAUGCUCAUGGCGAUCAACGGCACCGACGCGAUCCCGAUCGUCCGCAUCCCCAGCUCCGACCAGGUGUUCAUCCAGCGCUCGCUGGACAUCGGCGCCCUGGGAAUCAUCGUGCCGUUGCUGCGUAGCGCCGAACAGGCGCGGGAGGUCGUGCGGGCAACCCGCUAUCCGCCCGACGGGAUCCGCGGCUUCGGCCCGCUGCGGGCGUCGCACUACACCCUGGACUACCCGGACUACCUCGGGCGGGCGAACGACAACAUCCUGGUCUCGUUUCUGCUGGAGACGCGCGAAGCGAUGGAGAACCUGGAGGAGAUCACCGCGGUGCCCGGGGGUCGACGCGCUGUACCUGGGCCUGUGGGACCUGUACCUGAAUCACGGCGUGAGCCCCUUCGAGAUGCCGCAUCCGGCAAUGGACAAGGUGGUGGAGCGCGCGAUUCACGUGUGCGCGGCGAGCGAGGUCGCCCUGGGGAUCGGCUCCGCCACCCCGGAAGACCUGACGCACUGGCGCGACCGGGGACUCACGUACCUGGGAUACGGGCCGGAUUUCGUCCUGCUCGCCAACGCGGCGCGCGCCGGGAUAGAGGCGUUUCGCGCGAAGCGGAGCACCUGAUGCCCGAUGCCGGCUCGUCGAUGCUCGACGCCACCGCGGCAGCCGGCGAUCCGACCCGCCUCAAGACCCUGCUGGCCGAGCACGGCUAUCUGCUGCUGCGCGGCGCGCUGAACCGCGAUCUGGUGCAGCGCGUGCGCGACGACCUCAUCGCCGUCCUGCACGAUUGCAACAUCCUGGAGAGCCCCGCCGCGCCGCCGAUCUGGAGCGGCGGCCCAGCUCCCACCGAAGAAGAGUACAUGGCCUACUACGAACGGGCCGUGCAGCUCGACUCCUUCAACCGGCUCGCGGAAUCUGCCGAGGUCCGCGCGGUGAUGGAGGCGAUCUACGAUGGCCCGGUGCAGGUCUGGGAACAGCGGCUGCUCCGCAUCAUCCCGCCCGACCCCGACGGAGCGGCGCCGCUCGGCGUGGGCGCCCACCAGGACGGCAGCCCGCAACUCGGCUACCUGACGCAGGAUUUCAGCACGGCGUGGAUCCCGCUCACCGACAUCGACGAGCGGCUCGGCGGGCUUGCCGUGGUGCCGGGGCUCCCAUCGGGGCGGUGUGCGCGCGCAGACCGGAUCGGCGUCGAGCUCCCUGCAGACCGCGAAAACGCAGACCUUCGAGGCGCCGUCAGCGGGUGA